UUUCCUGAGUCUGUAAAGGAUGAUAUGUGUUGGUUUUUGGUGUGGUUUUUUUUUUUUUUAAGAAAUCAUUUCUGGGGAGAGGAAAUUCUAAAAAUGUUUGAUGGAAAUUUUACUUUUAACAUGAGCAAUGCACCUUAUGAGUUUGUGGGGGUUGUUUUCUGGGGAUGUCACAAUUAUUUUUAAUUAGCCGAAAGGGUAGUGUAAAUCAAACACGCCUAUUAGCUACAAGUUUUAAUUUAUAGCCUACCAGGCGUUCAGGGAAUUUAUUUACAGCAUAAACGAUUUAAUGUUUUCAGCAUGAUUUCUAUUUCAGCCUUUAUGCUGUUUUAUUUGCCUGUGUGGUGUGGAAUCUGGGCUUUUAAAUCGCCUCAGCAAGCGUCGCUUAACUUAACUUCAAAUAACCUGUAGGUAGAAAAACGCUUUGCUUUGCACCUAAACCUUCCCGGAGCGCCUGCUUUAAUUCGGGGGCAGGAUGAGAAGGAGCCGGCACGCCUCAGUGUGUUUUGUUGCGGCUGGUGAGGGUGUUGGGAAAGCAUUCCCUGUAAAUCAGGCUGUCAGCGGCACCACCAGCUGCCCCUCCGCGGGAUCCGGGAGAGCAUCCCGGGAUGCUGCGGGCACGGAGCUGGAUCCCAGGUGUGCGCUGAACGCGGGGAGCUGGGCGAGCAGGGCAUUCCCUCCGGAUGGGGCUGCGGGCGAGGGGAGCGCUGCCCUGGCUCUGUCCCCGUGUCCCCCUGGAGCAGCCGGGGCAGCUCCGUGCCCCGACAAGGCUGGAGAGGCGUCACCUUCGGCUUCCACACCGGUGCGGUCCCGACAUGGAAAAGUUUGGUGCCUCCAAAAUUUGUGUCGGGGAUGCGGGGCUGCCGGUGCCCGCCGUGGUUCGGGGCUGACCGGGGUUAACCGGGGCUGACCUGGGUUAACCGGGGCUGACCGGGGCUGACCGGGGCUGCCCUCCCGCCUCUCCGGCCACCGCUGUCCCCGCACAGCCCCGCGGCGCUGGGGAGCGCAACCUGGCGCAGCGGUUUGCAGCGCCCUGGCCAGGCUGAGAAGGAGGGCGAAGUGGAAGGCGAAAAAGGGAGAGGAGGAGAAAACUUUCCACUAGUUUACUUUUUUGGCCAGGAGCGCCUGUGUUCAUAGAGCGCGAGUCCUCCCCCCAGCCCUCCCCCUGAGCUCCCCCCUCCCUGCACAAUUAGCAUCAUUAGGAGCCGACCCUCCGGCUAAUAGGGGAACGGCGAGCAGCCACGGUAGGUGCGUGCGAGGAAAGGCGGCAGCAGUCCCGGGCAGCGCUGUGGGGCAUGGGCUAAAAAGCGCUCCCCACGAUGGGAGGAAUCCCCGCGGCAGGGGAGACGCUGACCCGGGGGUAAACACAAAAAGGGAGAGCUGGAAGGUGAGCGAGAGAGGAGUGAGGCUGCAGAAGAUGCGGAGAGCUUGCUCGGAGUGCUUGGGGUCCUGAGUGCAUGUGCUGCCGGGUGUUUCCCUUUCUUCGCUCCUUUUUGGUUGCGGGCCCGGGCGGCGCUGAUUCCCAGUCUCCGUUUUGGCUGUUUUAAGCCCCCGAGGAUACAAUGUUCGCUAAACUCUUCCAGCAGUGGAGUUUCGCAGUGUUCCUGCUGAGUUAUUCCGUGCCCUCCUACGGGAGAUCAGUAGAGGGGAUCAGCCGCAGACUCAAACGGGCUGUAUCAGAGCACCAGCUAUUGCAUGACAAGGGCAAGUCAAUCCAAGACUUAAGAAGAAGAAUAUUCCUUCAAAAUUUAAUUGAAGGUGUCAAUACUGCAGAGAUCCGCGCAACGUCGGAGGUGUCACCAAACCCCAAACCUGCCACCAACACCAAGAACUACCCUGUCCGGUUUGGCAGUGAGGAUGAGGGCAGAUACCUCACUCAGGAGACAAACAAAUCACAGACAUACAAGGAGCAGCCCCUGAAGGCAUCAGGGAAGAAAAAGAAAGCAAAGCCUGGAAAACGUAAGGAGCAAGAGAAGAAAAAGAGGCGAACCCGCUCAGCUUGGCUAAAUUCUGGCUCGUACGGAGACGUCGUGACCGAGAGCCCACUCUUGGACAUCUCUGUUACUACACAUAAUCAAACUUUAAGGAGGCGCUGAUGUUUUCAGCAAGAGAUAUUUGGAAGACACAUUGCAGUAUUCUGUAAUAGUGAACAUAUGGGAAGUAUUAAAAUAUUUAUUACCUGUAAAUAUUGUAAAUGCUCAGAAUAAAACCUUUUCCCCCCAUUGCUCUCUGAAACUGCACAUUUGGUUAUUGUGAAUUUUCCUUUUUUUUUUUUUGGCUAAGGCUAAGACAAUUAUUAUUGUCCCAUUUACCAUAAUUUAUUUUGUUGACAGGUGUAUUUAUUUUGUGAACGUAUCUUGGUGCUGCUGACUUUCUAUAUUUUUUGUAACAUAAUGCACUUUAGAUAUACAUAUUGAGUACAUUGAUAACUGACAUAAAAUGUUCCUGUUUUGUGGUUGAUUUCAAUGAAUGCCUACAUACAAUUGUUCAAACUGAUUUUCCUUUGUGCAUGUAUAAUAGCAGUAUUUUAAAAUUUGUAAAGAAUGUCUAAUAAAAUAUAAUCUAAUUAAAUCA